AAUCAAAAUCCAAGCCGUUAGAACUGACACUAUCAACGGUCAAAAAGAAGAAGAGGAAGAAGAAAUUAAAUCAAAUUUCAGAUUUGCUAUCAAUCCCAACGGUCGUCUCUCGCUUAUCCCCAAUUUCCACAUUUCCCCCUUUCGCGAGAAGGAAAUACGAAAACAACAGGAAAAGAAGAAAACCGUCGAAGCAUUUCUUUGCAAGAAAGAAAGAAGAAGAAAAACCACCAUUCAAGAAGAAGAAGAUCGAAUGGAAAUCUCCAAGAACAAAAUCUCAUUAGCCAUGACAAAUCAAUCUUCCUCUAUUCCUAAAUCCUUCUCUUCCGAUUUUCAUCAACGACUUUCUAAAAAGGCCAAUUGCGAGGAGACGGACGAGAAUGAUCGGCAUCUCAGCAGUGGUAGAUUACAAAACUCAAGAAAAGCAGCCAAAAACUUCAUGUCCCCAACCAUUGCUGCCGCUUCAAAGGCCACUGCACCAAGAAAGAAGAUCUUGGUUGAGAGGAAUGAAGCUUCCGGAUCAACCUACAUUGAGAAAAACCCAAAGAUCAGCAUGGAAUUUACCUCCAGGGAUUUGGGCUCUGGUUUAUUUGAUGGUUCUUCUUGUAUGACGCCGCUAUCUUCGAAGGUUUCAGAAUCUGGCGAUAGCCCUGAUUCGUUGUCUUCCCUUCCUUACGAUCCAGUGACGAAUUAUCUGUCACCGAGACCACAGUUCCUUCGGUACAAACCGAACAGGCGCCUAGAAAUGGUUCUCCGCAGAGAAAGUGAAUUGCGAAGAGGGGAAGAAAGGUUAGGAGUUGAUGGAUGUUGUUCCGUCAAGUCCAGGAAAUCGAUCCAAGAGGACAUGCCGCUCAAUGCUUCCAUUUCUUCGCCAGAUGAAUCUGAAAAACAAGAAGAUGGUUCUAAUCUAUGCACCGAUAAACUGGAUUUGGAACCAUCAAGUAACCCAGAAAUCAAAGAAAGUGAUGAUGAUGAGGAUGUGGACGAGGAAGAGGAAGAACAAAGUCCUGGACUUUGUAAGCAGGUAUUGAGAUCUGUGCUUCUCUUACUUGUACUGAUUUGUGCUUCCUCAUACAUAUCAUCUACAGAUCAAUCUACCAUUCCGCAUUCCUUACAAGCUUUACUAGGUUUCAGAGAAGGGUAUUUGAAGAUUCAAGACCCCGUAUACCAAAUCAUUGAGGAUUUAAAAAUGGGCCCAGAAAAUUUUUCGGAAGUUAUUGGUGUAUUUUCAGGAACAUUCUCAAUUUUGGGGGGUGAUGUGUUUUCCCCUUAUCCUCAGUUGGGAGAAAGAGGGCUCUCCGAGCCUUCCGUUUUAGAAAAUGUAGAUGAAGAAAUUAACGGGAAGUCGCUGUUUGUAGAUGAUCUCAUGGAAAGAUCUGACUCAGAAGAAAAUGAAUCACAUGAAACUGCUGGAGUAAUGAUGACUGAGGAAGUAGGAAUGGCUAUGGAAACGGAUUAUCUGUUGAGUGAUGAUGUGAAUUCAUUUGAACGGGUGCCUGUUGCAAGAGAGAACAAAGAAACUGGUUUAUCUAGUAAUUUCAUAAAGCAAGAGGAGGCAAAAGAACAAAGAGUAACAGAAGAAACUGGGACUGUCGUUGAUGAAUGGAUUAGAAAGGAAGAGAAGGCUGAAAAUGGAAUGGUGAAGAUUGAGGACAUUUCUGAGGAGGCCCAAUACGAAUCAAAGUCCUUCGCUCUUCAAAAUAUAGAAUCAGAGCUAAAUUCAAGCAAGUGGGAAUUCUCUUGGAUUGAAUCCAUGCAAGACAAGUUGUUCUCCAAAGUUUCUAUUGUAUUAUCUUUAAUUUUAGCACUUGUCGCAUCUAUGAUUCUGGGUUUUCUUCAUCUCAAGCAUAGGAAAGCCUCUGUGAAGGAUUCAUCACCUACCUUCCAACAACCAUCAGUAGAGAAGAGGAUCUCAUGUUUUCUAGAGAGUGAACCGAUCAUUGAGAAGGAGAAGACUCAUUCGGCAUUUCUUAAUAAAGAACUGAUCGUUGAGAAGGGUGAUUCUUGUGUUAUUCCAUCUUCGGCACACUCUAUUGACAACUAUGAUAAGUUCAGCUCAACUCGUCCACCGGUGGUUGAAUUGCUUGGAGAAUACAGAGUGGGAGAAAUCAACCACUCUGAGAAGAGCUUUGUCCAGAAAUCCAAGAAAACAGGAACUGAGGAAAUUGAUUUCUCUCUAUCUCAAGAGAUGAAGAUGUCAUCAAAAAGCAACAAGCGCCUUUCCUUCAAUAGCGAUGCUUACCCAUCUGUUUCAGACUUUUCAAGUGCAGAAUCGUCUUCAUUUGGAAGCUUUACUAGUAUGGAGAAGCUGAAGAAGAAAGAGGAGGGCAGUGAUGGAAAGGUGGUGGUCAUGACACCUGUGAGGCGCUCAAGCCGAAUCCACAAUCGGGUCAUAUCUCCAUGAAUCAUAUGACAGAAACGUGUGACCCUUUUAUGAUCAUUUUAAUGGGCCGCGAAGAUCCAGGGAAAACAGCUUCUUGUUGUUUCAUUGCUUAAAGAUACCAUUUUUGUUUUUAUUAUUAUUCCAUGGUUCUCUUCCAAGUGCUUUGCUAAUGGCAGAACUGAGCUGUUGAGACCCCCCCUCCUUUUUUUUUUUUUU